CCCUAACGUGCCGGAUCCGUAUUGGCUUGAAAAAAAGUGCGAAAUCAGAUUCUCUCUUUCGCCGUGGUUUGUGCGAAAUCAGUUUCUCUUUCUCCUCCAUUCUCGAUCACUCCUGUCUCCUCUCUCGAAUCUCAUCUCAUCCAUCUGGGUUAGGCAAAAUCUCCCUACUUGGAUUUGAUUAUGGAAUGUUGAAGGAAAGAAGAAGCUUGUCAUGUAAAAGUUUGAUCUUUUUAUGUGAAGGAUCUGACGGUGGUGGGACUACUUGCUGAAAAGACGAAGGAAGUGGACGUUGUGGCACAUUCAUACGCCACAGUUGGUGAAAUAGUUCCUUUGACUGCGUUGCUGAUUGUAGCGGUUGAUAAGAUCAGAGUGGCGACUGUAGCGUUACAGGAUGUUGAUGAUUCUGUGUGGACAAAGCCAAAGACAACGAUCUAUGAGUCUGUUAUUCGAGAAGCGUUGCGUAGUAAUAGCAAGAAAAGAAUGCUUUUGUUGCGGGAGAUUGGGCUCCUUCAGCUCUUUGGUGCUGCAGUUUUUAGUUAAUCUGUGGAUAAGCAAACCUCACAGCUUUUCUCCAUUUUACAGGCAGGAGAUGAAGCUGUUCUUGAACUGCUUAUAAACACGGACAUUGAUGUUAAUGAAACAGAUGCAGAAGGGAACACAGUUCUUCAUUGCUGCCUGAAGGAAUCAUCUGUGCCACAUAAGCAACAAACCAGGUAUGAGUACUCUCCUUACUAUUCUAAUCAUAUACAAUAACGUCGCAUGGUGAUUCUUCCAAACUUGAGAAUGGUAUAUUUGUGUUAUCCAGAAUCAUGAACCUACUUCUUGUACACAGUGCUUGAAUUACCCAUAAGAACAAGUUGGGUUUAUCUGCAGUCCACUUAGCUGCUGCAAAUGGCAAUUUAUCUGCACUUGAGGGACACUUUCCUGACCUUGUUUUGUGUUUCUUAUCCUAAGCUGAAAGAAGAUAAUGAUAUUUUGAACCUACAGAUUCUACUAGCGGCCUACCCUGAGUUGGUUCACUACCGAACAGUAAUCAAAGAGACACCACUAUUCUUCGCAGUGAAGAACAACCAUCUUGACUGCGUUGAAUUGCGUCUUCAGUGUGGAGCAAGUUCAGAAUCUAAGUGUGCGAUCAAUGGUGGCUUAAUCUAAAUGUGCGAUCAAUGGUGGGCUUAGAAAAAGACAGACUAUGUGAUGGGUCCAACAUUUAAAGAAUAUGAUUGUGAAUGUAAUGUCUUAUGUGUUGGACUUGUACAAAAAAAGCUACUUGUCCUUGGUGGAAAUGAGUUUGUGGGAUCACAUGUCUGUAAAAAAAGCUUUAGAUCGUGGCUUAUCUGUCUCUAGCCUUAGCAGAUACUCUGUUUUUUUUUAUUUUGAUCAAAUUCAACUUUUUGUGGCUCACCGUUGAAGCUUAGCUAGUUUAUGUCAUAUGUUGAACCAUUUGUAUGGGUGUUAUAGAUCAGGUAGGUCAUCUGUACAAGAGUCAUGGGCUUCCAGAGUUACAUGGCAUCAAGGUACUUGUUAGAUUACCUCAACAUGUUUUAGGAACUAGAAUGUUUCCUCUGCUAUUUCCAGAGUUACAUGGCAUGAAGGUACUUGUUAGGUCACCUCAAUAUAUCUUCUAAAACACUUCCAUCCUACCAUUUGGUUCUCGUGUAUUAGUUUUUGUUUGUCUUCUCAAAUACUUGUAAAAAUCUAAAACACUUACAUCUUACCAAUUGGUUCAAUUUCUACAACAAAAAAAAAGAAUUAAGAACCUCAUAGAGUUCUCCCAUUGGACCUUCUCAAAACUAAUUACAAUAUUAAGAGUUCUAAACUAUUUAAAGUAUACAAUUAAUAAUUAAAUUAAUUUUAAGAACCCAUUAAGGGCUCUAACCAAUGGAGGUGCUCUAAUGGUGUUCUGAUUCACACUCCUAAUUCUUUUUUUGGGGGGUCAUUUGAUAAUAUAUAUAUGUUAAAAAUGCAAAUAAUAACAUGGCAAAUCCAUCUCUUCACAGACCCACAAAUAGGUGAACAUCUAUCCAAACACCUACCUUCCCAAAAACAUUAAAGCCAAAAUCCAGAACACAAUGGACUGUGAAUUGUUUUAAACACAAACAAAAGUUUUUUUUCUAAAUUAUUUCACUAAAAGUUAAAUGUCUUUUUAAUUCGUAGAGAAAUAUAGGUAAAAAUAGAAAUUAAAAAAAAUAUCAAACUCUAAUGGAGCUUCUCUCUCUUCCUCGUUCUCUCUCGUAUCUUUCACGAGGAAGAUGAUGAGAUGAAGCUUCGAUUCCCGUCGUCGAUUUCCUUUGGUGACUCUGUCUCUGGUAUACUACGGUUUAUUCGACGGAGCUAUCCGGAUUUUGUCUCCGCAUCGCGUUUCUUCUCGAAAGCGGCGGCGGCUUCUCUCCGGGAUUUCUCUCCAGUUGCGUUGAUCUACGUUUUCCGUUCUUCUCUGCCCAAUCGCCUCUCUUUUCUUAGCCUCGAUUUCACGCUUCCUCUCCUCGUCGUUGUCGCGAACCGUUUCAUCUUCGAGCUUCUUCUAAUCAUUAAAGAUAAUCGCCUUUUCAAGCAGGAAGAUCGACGGUGUCGGGUUUGAUUGUAGGCGUUUCUUCUUUGUGGAAUCGUAGAUCUGGUGUGCGACUUGAUCAAUCGUGAAGAUGGUUCCUUCGUGAACUGUUCUUCAUCGGCAUGGUUCUGCUUGACGGCGGAUUUCCGUCGAGUCUCCUCCAAAUCGCCGGUGGAAGGUGGUCCGCUCUCUUCUUGACGCGUGUCUCUGAACGCCGAGCGUUCGUCCACGUGGUGGGAUGCGUGGAUGCCUUCCUCAACGAGUUUUCUUUCCUUUGGGCUUAUGGUCCAAGGUGUUCGUAAUGUUUGGUCCUUUCGUUGGGUCUUUGUAUAUGUUUGUUUGUUUUGGGCUUGGUUUAGUUGGGCAAUGAUCCGUUAAUAAAAUCCUAGAUGACAAGAAAAAAGAAAUAAAAAAAGUAUCAUCAAUAUCUGUAAAUUAUAUAUAACCGCCUCCACUCCAGGUUUCUUCUCUCUCUGAAACGCAGUUUAGCUCGUUUUCUCUCUUCUCCUACCGGGCAGCGAUAAAACGAAAAUAAUAUUUCACAGGAUAUUGUAUACACUAACGAAAGAGCAUGAUGAAGUUCAAGUUUGAUUACCAAGAGGAAUGCAUAAGAAACUCGAGAGACGUUCAGUUAUUCGCUUGCAGAUGGGUUCCAUCCCCUUCUCCUCCCAAAGCUCUCAUCUUCCUCUGCCAUGGCUACGGGAUGGAGUGCAGUGGCUUCAUGAGAGAAUGCGGGAUAAGGCUGGCUUCAGCAGGAUAUGCAGUAUUUGGAAUGGACUACGAAGGUCAUGGUCGGUCCAAAGGAGCUCGUUGUUACAUCAAGAAAUUUAGUAACAUUGUAAACGACUGCUAUGACUACUACACCUCAAUCUCUGCGCAGGAAGAAUACAAAGAAAAAGGCAGAUUCUUGUAUGGAGAAUCCAUGGGAGGUGCGGUUGCGUUGUUGCUACACAAGAAAGAUCCUUCUUUCUGGAAUGGUGCCCUUCUCGUCGCUCCAAUGUGUAAGAUAUCAGAGAAGGCGAAACCACAUCCAAUAGUGAUUAAUCUACUAACAAGAGUUGAAGAGAUUAUACCAAAAUGGAAGAUCGUGCCCACCAAAGAUGUUAUCGAUGCUGCCUUCAAAGAUCCGGUCAAGCGCGAAGAGAUAAGGAAUAACAAGCUGAUAUAUCAAGACAAACCAAGGCUCAAAACAGCACUUGAGAUGCUUAGAACGAGCAUGAACCUUGAAGACAGUCUCCACGAGAUCACGUUACCCUUCAUUGUUCUUCACGGUGAAGCAGACAUAUUGACCGAUCCAGAGAUUAGCAAAGCUUUGUUCGAGAAAUCAAGCUCACGUGACAAAACCAUUAAGCUUUAUCCAGGGAUGUGGCACGGGUUGACUUCUGGUGAGACUGACGCUAACGUUGACCUCGUUUUUGCUGACAUCAUUAACUGGCUUGAUGUUCGUACCGCCGACUCUGCUUCGCUCACUGUCACUCCGGUCCGAGAUGUCACCGUAAAUGUUCAAAAGGUCGUGGAAGGCGCUUCUAAUGAUCAAGGGAAACCUAAACGGCAGUAUGCUAGUCUCCUUUGUGGGUUAAACGGUGGUGGACGCCGUUUGGUCCAUCGAUCUUCUAUGUAAUAACCUAAUCACUACAGCUAAUAAUCUGUUUCCUUUGUGUUCAUUUUGUAUUAAGGUGAUGAUUGUUUGGAUAAUUUUUAGAUUUUAGUUUCUGUUUUUUGGUU